AUUGAAGUCAUGGCUGGUGCAGAAAGUGAUAGCCAAUUCCAUUUCACUGGUAUUAAAAAGUAUUUCAACUCUUACACUCUCACAGGUAGAAUGAAUUGUGUACUGGCCACAUACGGAGGCAUUGCUUUGUUGGUUUUAUACUUCAAGUUAAGGCCUAAAAAAACCCCAGCUGUGAAAGCAUCGUAAAUGGAUUUUGAAAUGUCUAACCUCAUCUAUUAAGUCCCAUACCUGAAGAAGCUGAUGUCAACUCAUCAUCAUGUAAUACUCAAUUUGUACAAUAAAUUAUGAACCUGGAAAA